AUGAUGUAUAAUAAUUCUCGUGUAACUCCAUAUACGAAUAGGACGGCACGUCCAUUUAGUAUUGAUCAUAGUUGUUGGUCAAUUGAUACGCCGACGAAUGUGAAUUUAUCAAUACAUGAACCAGUUUCUGUACUUUCAUCAUCAGCGUAUUUUCCUUAUGCACAACAAGCGAAGCAAGUACGUCGAUCAGAUUACAUUAACUGUUAUCAACCGGUAUCACAGUACUUAUCCAACUAUGAUCGUCCAAAAUCGACAAUUAUUUGUGAUUCAAUUUCACAAAGUCCUACAUCAACGUAUCAUGUCAACGAUCUUCGACAGCGUUACGAAGCGAAUGCAAAAGUUGGCAUCGUUAAACCAAUGAUUCAUCAACGUUCUUACAGUCAAUUAACGAAUACAAACCACGAUAUAAAACUUCCUGAUAUAACCAUGGCGAGUUCCUCCCAUUCAUUACAUCCAUCACCUCCACUAUCUACAUCGUCAGUUAUGUAUAGAACACGUCCAGCAGUGUCAAAUAAUAAUUUAAAUACUCAACCGCCUAUGGCUCCACGACGCUUUUCGUCAAUUAGUACGGAUAAGCGUACAUCAUCUCAUCGAUCAUCAAGAACAACAUCAACAUCGUCAUCCAUUGUUGGUAUCAACGAAUUAUCAUCGCGGACGAUUUUGAAUGAAAAUGACCAACAACUAAACGAUGGAAACACCACUGUUGUUGAUGUGAAGCGCAUCGAAAUGUUCUAUGGAAGUGUUGGAACAUUAGUUAAAUCGGCUAGUUCCAUCGCUCGUCUUUUCAUCACAACAACACGACAGUUAGCUAAUUUUGAAGAUUGGUCAUGUCAACAACUUGGCAUUCCUGUUUGGAUCUACAAUACCGGCGCAAAUCUCAAACGAACACGACAAGUUCAGCUGAUGCUUGUCCAACAUGACAGUUGUUUUGCUGUUUGGUCAAGUCUAAUUUCCAGUCAAGCAGAAUUACGUUUACCGAAAGAAAAUUAUAUCACAUGUUGGAUACCCGAAUCUAAUAUGCUUGCCGUCUUUAAAUUUGAACGUCACGAUGCGUGUCGAUUAUUUUUCCGACAUUAUUAUGAAAUCUUGGAGUACGAACGACGCAUGAAUUUGGCGAAUCCUCCGCCUUUGCCAGCUGAGAGUAACAAUAGUCAAACGAAUAAAGAUGUUCCACGUCGAUAUUCACGUUUACGAACGAUCUCAACUAAGCAAGACAGAGAACAAGAACAACAACAAUUCGAAUUACGUCGGUGUCGAAGUUUGUCUAAAAUUCGAACAGUGAAGAAAUCUGAUAUCUCUGGACCAAUAAAUUUCGAACAUGUGAAUCAUGUCGGUAAUGAUUCGAAUACUCAAUCGAAAGCACGACCAUUAUCAGGUUCAAUGACACUUCGAUCUUUACAUGCUUCGAUGUCGCAUUUACCAAGCAUCGGUAAUAUCACUGAACGAGUAUUCAAUCAAAUAAAGAAACGUGCAUCAGGUUCGUUUGAACCUCGAACGACUGCAGUGUAA